AAUUUGGGUCUCAGAUUGCAUCCCCGUGUUUUGGUGUUAGGGCAUCCUCACUCCUCUCCAAACGCAGAAGACAGACAGACGCGCACAGUGGAUGUCGUAGGACGCGGCGUAAGAGUAGCAUAAUAUUAUUUUAAUUGAAACGACACUGAAAGUACACAUACCUACUGGCAUCUCUCCUACCGGAGAGACCAGACCAGGAGCAUCCGUUCACUUUUUCACGGUAGGCUAUUGUAGAAGGCUAUAUGCUGCUUAGUCUGUUGUAGUGAAGGUACUGAUAGCGAAAGGCACCAACAACUUUUUUAAAUCAUUUUUUCAACCGCAAGUUUUACAUUUUGGAACAACGGACCUCGCGGAUUUCAUGUGGCGAUUCACUUGACAGAAGAAAAUAGUCUGCUUACAUUUUUAACAUACCAAACUUGUUGGACUCAUCAUCAGCUUUGAAAUAUGUUCAGUAAGUGUUUGGUCACAUUCUUGCAUUUCUCAAUUCUGGUGCGUGUGUUGAUGGCUCAUGAAUGUAAGCCCUGUGAUAUCCGGACGUGUCCGCUGAAAGCCUGCGAGAGUGGCCGGACUCUAGCCAAGGACCCGUGCGGAUGCUGCGACCAGUGUAGCCGGCUGGAGUGGGAGCCGUGCGGCGGCAAGGACUGGGAACUGGGCUACUGCGCUUUAGGACUAACCUGCGCGGCUGUCAGCCAAACGGGAGCUGUAACGCUCCCUGAUAUAGGAGUUUGUAAAGUUCUGCCUGACAGCCCGGAGGCUGGGUUGGAGGAUGAGCGCUGCCCCCUGCAGACGGGCUGUGACAGAGCGGGGGCCAUGUGUGUGUGUGACGCUCGUCAAUCCUGCCUGGGCUCCUUCGCCUACCCUGACAUGGAAUCCUGCAUGAGGGCCGGCAAGACAGAGAGCCGUAGACAUGAGCACCGGGACAGGCAGAGGGAGAAGUUUGUGGGCCCCUCCAACCCAGCCUGCAUGUUUUCUGGGUGCAACCUGACAGGACAGGUCUGUGUGUGUGAGUCCCAGAGCUGCCACCACCACUUCACCUACAUCAACCGCAGCCAGUGCCAGGAGGCCGCAGAGGAGAUGAAGUGUGUCGGGAUCACAUGCCCUGCUCUGUCCAUGCCUUCCUGCCCUGAGGGCUCGGUUCUGACCAAGAGCUACACUCCCCCUGCUGGCUGCUGCCCCACUGUGCCCCCCCAGUGCACCUGUGACCUCCGCGCGUGCCACAAGCCCCAGUGCCCCUCCGGCCAGAAGACUGUACCACUCAGCCAGGCCACCGGCAAGCCAGAGGACUGCUGCGACGUGUUAGAAUGCGUGAAAGUUUCCCCCAAGUGUGUCCACAACGGGAAGGAGUUUUCCGAGGGGGAGGUGUACCGUAUGGACCCUUGCUGGCUCUGCCAGUGUCGAGGAGGGAUAUCCUUCUGCUCCAAAGCGGAAUGUGCGGAGCUGGACUGUGAGAACUUCUACAUCCCAGAGGGAGAAUGCUGCCCUGUAUGCAUAGAUGUGGAGCUCCUGUCUAUGGACAGCACAGAGGCCAGCUGUUGGGUGAACAACAAGCUGCGUGGCCACGAGGAGCAGUGGAAGGAGGAUGACUGCACCUUCUGUCAGUGUGUGGAUGGAGACCCUCACUGUACCGCCAUGGCCUGCAAACAGAGCUGUCAGAACCCAGUCAAGAUCCCUGGAGAAUGCUGCCCCUUCUGCGAGGAGCCGUCGUAUGAGACGGUGAGCCCUAUGCUGUGUCCUCGUCUGGAGAACUGCUCUUUCUCAGGGAAGGACUGCCCCUACGGCUUCCAGCAGGACAACAACGGCUGCCUGCUCUGCCAGUGCCUCAACCAUUACUCCUGCCCUGACCUGGGGAAAUACUGCUCGCUGCAAUGCCCCGUGGGAUACGAGAAGGAUGACUUUGGCUGCGAGGUGUGUGAGUGCAGCUCUCCAAUGCCCAAGUGCCGACCCCUGACCUGCAGCAAGACCUGCCCCUACGGAUAUGUGAGGAAUAAGCACGGCUGUGAGAUGUGUCGCUGUGUCAAGUGUCCCCCCUUCACCUGUGACAAGCACUGUAGCGAUGGCUACCGGCAGAACAGGAAGGGCUGCUCCAUCUGCAUGUGCAAAGAGAGUGGCCACCUGCCAAGCACCACUGCCCCCACCCCUAUGCCCAGCUACUGCCUGACCUCCAACGGGCACCGCUAUGAGAAGGGCGAGAGCUGGCACGACGGCUGCCGCGACUGCUACUGCCACACUGGGAGAGAGAUGUGUGUGCUCAUAUCCUGCCCUGUGCCCAGUUGCGCCAACCCCGUGGUCAGGCCUGACCAGUGCUGCCCCACUUGUGAAGAUGAAUCAGGAAGUGGUCAGCCGGAGGGCAUGGACCUGGUGGUGUGCCGGGCCCCUGGGGGGGAACUCUAUGUGGAGGGAGAGACCUGGAACCUGGACGACUGUACACGCUGCACCUGCAGGAAGGGCCGCGUCCUGUGCGACACUGAAGUGUGUCCCCCUGCUGUGUGUCAGGCCCCAACCAGGAACAAGGACACCUGUUGCCAUGUCUGCCCAGAGGGUCCCCUGCUCCCAGUGAGCACCAGUCAGCAGGAGUAUUGUAUCUCCAGCGAGGGAGAUGUGCUGUUGGCUGGGGACACCUGGAAGGCCAACGCCUGCACCAGUUGUUCCUGCAACAACGGAACCAUUCAGUGUUUCUCCCAGCGCUGCCCGCCUGCCAACUGCAGGGUGCCCGUCCUGCGCAAGGGCCAGUGCUGCCCUCACUGUCUGGAAAUGACAACAACAUCUGUUCCAAUGAUGGUGUCGACCAAGGCCCCCAAGACCAGGGUUACUACCACAGUGGACAACACAGUCUGGAUCACCACAGCCACCAUACCUCCUAUCAUUGCUGCUACAGACGGGAACAGCCUGGGAGAGAACUCCCCCAGCCAAACUGAGAUGGCUCUCAUCUACCAAUCAGCAGCCUGGAUACUGGCUGGCCUACUCCUGGCCAUCAUCAUCUUCCUCAUCGUGGCGCUCCUCAUCAACAAGAAAAAGAAGUGGGUGCAGAUGUCCUGCUACAGUGCCCCCAAGAAGACUGUGAUCCUGAAGAAGCAUGUGAAUAAGAACUCGUUGGUGUACAUGGAACCUUCAAAGGAGAACAAGUUCCAGAGCGUGAAGAAUGACUGCAGCAUCAACUUCUCCCCAGAGAUGAGCUCCCCGUGUGUGGAGAGAAUGAGCAUCCCCCGGGCCAAGCUGAGUAUGGGCCAGGGCAGGGGGCAGCGGUAGAUCCCUACAGGCCCCUGACCACCAGCCCCCUAACCGGACCCCCAAACUCUACACCGCUCGCAGGGCUACCCAGUACUUCCUCUUCUCUCUUUCACACAUUUCCAUGGUGAUCGAUCCACAAAACUAUAUAUUGUACUGUACAGCCACACACAUGUCUGGGAUCCCCCCCUUCUCCCUCUCUCUCUGGCAGUAAAACUGAUGAUCCACAACAAAACACAAAACAUUGCAACUUCCUGUUGCUUUAUCAUACUGCUAUAUCCUGCGUUUGGCGCUUUACUGUGGCCUGGCUGCUGGUGUGGUGAGGAGAGACAGGGGAGGCAGGAGGAUGUGGCCAUUCUGGGACUUUGCCAUACAGUUCACCACAGACAGAAAGACAGCCAGAGAGGCUACUAUUCAGCCAGAGAGCUCUGCACUGUGAACAUGAUCAUUUUUGCUUCUCCUCUGGAGCUGGAACAUGAAGCUAAUAGGAGGAGUAUAAAAGCUUUAGGACAGCGGUUUGGGUUCUAGACUAGAGGGUCUCCAGUCUGCUGGUUUCCAUGUGCUGCAGCGCAGCACUCAAUUGAUCAACAAUUGUUUUGGAUGUGAAGCCAAUUUAACUGGUCUUCCAGUUGUAAUCAAAAUUGGAUGGGAGGGAUUAGCAGAUAUAUGGCUAGAUCCAUGACUCUCUCCUCCACGCAGUCAAUGACUGAGCAACAUCAGAACCCAGCAGACUCAGGGAAAAUAGACCCAUACUCCUGCUUUAGAACGUUUGGUAUCCAGCUUAGAUUUUUUUAUUUUUUUUAUAUUUCUAUGUGUACAGGUUAUUUUAUAGCUUGCAGAUAAGACGACUCGUUACAAGAAACUACAGAAGCAGUGCCAGACCUUCUGGAGUAAUUCAUGAGGAAUGUCGAUAUACAGUAAGCCUCACUUAUAUAAGUUAAUUUACAGCCGUGCACAAACAGGAGCUACUGUUUCCAGAGAAUGUUAACAUGUGCAUUAGUAGCCUUCCUUUUACAGCCUUAAAUGUUUAUAAUAUUUCAUUGUUUCUCCUAUAAUAACAUAUUCUAGCCCAAUUCAGUACACUUUGAAGAGUUCAACUGAUGUGCUAUGUAUUCCAUACCCAGGUAACCUGACUGAAGGUCUCCCCAUUCCACCAGUUUAUAACGUAUUACAGUGAACAAAGGCAAGGGGUUCAAGGAGACUGCUAUGAACUGUAAAUAAUAGUACAUUACAACAUCAGAGCAUGUUCAUGAAAAUUAGCACUUUUGUAAGUGUUCAGUGUUUUAAAAAGCUGUGGGGGAGAAUUCCUAGAGGGAUAAAGGCCUAAUCGGGGAUUUGAUAGGCAUAUUUAGCACGUAAUGAUAAACCACUCAAGUUAACAUACUGUUGCAGCACAGUCUUGGCUUAUUAACAAUCUGAUCGAUCUAGUGAAAGAGCUGUGCUUUGGAGCUUUACAAAACAGACUGGGGUUUAAUAAGGAAUCUUUGGGCAUGAUUUCAUAAUUACAUUGCCACUCUCUCGAUACAAAGACCAUUGUGAUGUCAAAAGUGGGUGGAGACAAAUGUAGAUUUCUAUUGAAGAGUUCUAAAAGUAAUUCUGUGGAUUUGGUUCUGUUUGAAUCACAACCAUGUGCUUUAAAUGAAGUGGAGAUGCGGCUUGUAAAAGCCUACAGUUAUUUGUUUUUCCUAUGUGUAAAAAAGGUAGAUAAAAGUAGUGGACAGAAGAGUACCUUAUUUAUUUUUUCACAUAGCUUUAUUUAUUAAUACUAAUCUAUAGUUUGAGAUGUGUUUUUGGCAAAUGAACUUGGUAGCCAAAGCUGCUGUACAUUUUCGAUAUUGUAAACCAUUUACCAUUUCUAUCUGCUUUGUUAUUCAAGCUUAUUUAUUUUACUUUUGCAAACUGUAAAUACAUUUUUCUUAGAUGUUGAACUGUAACAUUUACACUUAUUUUGAAAAAAUAAAAUGUGUGAACAAAAAUGA